AUGAAAAGGGGGCACAAAAAAAGUGGAAUUAAAAAAAAGGCAGUCACAUCUAACAAGGAGCAUUUCAAUUUAACCGAACUGAGUAACAACACGAGGGACAAAACGGUCGACGCGUUCGUGCAGGAGUACAUAAACAGCAACAUCGCCAAAAUCGAAGACGUGGAAAUGCACGUGGAAAAAAUGAACCGAGAAAUAAUGGAACUCGAUAAAACCAUCAGCGAAAAGGUGCAGAGCCACAUCCUAAGCCAAAAUGAGUAUGACCAAAAAUUGAGACACAUAAAAGAAAAAAUGAAAAUAAUUAAUAGCCAAAUGGAACAAGUAGAUAAAAAAACAGAAGAAAGUGAGCACAUCCUAGUGAAGCUAUGUAAAGAUAUAAAAAAAUUAGACAUAGGAAAAAAAAACGUAACAGAAACGAUUAUAGUAAUGAAAAGAAUCGUUAUGGUUAUCACUGCUAUAAGCAACUUGAAAAAAAAGGCUCUGAAAAGGGAGUACAGCGGAUGUAUUCCCCUCGUCUCCGUUAUCAAAGAAAUGCUCAUACACAUUUCCGACUUGAGGACAAACGAAAAAUUGAAGACACUGUACAAUGAUGCCAACAUCCUUUUCGACGACGUAAAGCAUCAGAUAAAGGAAGACAUCGAUUUGGUUUACGACCCCGAUGUGCACAUAGAGAAGAACCUCAUCAUAGUGAAUGAGGCGAGCCACGCCGAAGGAGACAAACUGUCCAUAAAUCUGUUCGAUGCAUGCAAUUGUUUAUAUCACUUGGAUCAAAAGUUGGUCUCCAAUGUAGUUAAAAAAUUUUCCAACUUUUUUCUCGAAAAAUAUAUUAUCAUUUUUGAAAAUCAAGCAAAUAAUUUGGAAGGGAUCGAUAGACGCAUGGCAUGGUUGAAGCGUGCACUGAAUACGUAUGAUCAUGUCUAUGCUCAUAUUUUCCCUCCUGUUUAUAAUAUGCCUUACCACGUUGUUUGCAAAUUCUGCUCCCUCACCAAAAAACACAUCGUCAAAAUUAUGUCUUCUAAUAUGGACCAGAUGAACCCAGUUUCGCUAAUCCAGACUGUCAUUAAGGUGAUUAAUUUUGAAAAUUUUUUAUCCAAAAAUGUGACGUUUUUUAUUGAAAAGAAGACCACCUCGCAUGAUUCGUACUCUUCUUUGGAGUUUCCCUUCCCGGAGUUAAUUAUGCAGAGGGAGAUGACCCCAGGGGGGGGAAAUGCCAAGGGGGAGGAUCCUUCCCCCGAGGAAGGGGAACAGAGAAAAGACCAAAUGGACAACAUCAAAGGGGAAGGGGAACAGAGAAAAGACCAAAUGGACAACACCAAAGAGGAAGGGGAUCAUUCCAUUAGCACUGCGCAUGAUGAUACUAAUUCGCACGCACCGCAAAACUUCAAGGGAGUCAUCUCGUGCGCGUUCGACAGCUACCUGUGCAGCUGGCUAAAAUAUGAAGAGAAAAAAAUUCUUCAAAAAUUUGAAAACAUAAUAAACGACGAAAAUAAAGAAGACCCCUUGGAGGGAAGAGGGGGGCACAGUGAAUGCAAAUUGUCCUCCUCAGAAAAGGACCCCCUCCUUGAUGUUAACAAAAUUUUAAAAAAAAAGGAAAACACCCCGCAAAUGGACCCCGAAAUGGUGGAAGAAAAACACACAGUGUAUAAGUCAGCAUACAAAAUGUUUUACCUCUACAAAAGCUACAUAAACAUGAUUCUUCAAUUCAGUGACUGUCAAACGUUGUACGAUUUUGUGACUUUUUUUAAAACACUGUUAUUAAAAUAUAGUGAUGAGCUAAACAAAAGAAUUAUAAAAGAGGUGAAGGAGGAAAACAAAAAUCAGCACUUCAAAUUAUUGUCUGUCAUAAUCAAUACAUGUAAUUACGUAGAACAAACAAUGAAUGAAGCGUUCGAAAAUCUUGUCAAAGUUAUUGACCCAAUUUAUAAGGACAAAAUUUGCUUCAAAGAAGAGGAACAACAAUUUUUACAAAUAAAAACAAAAUGCAUAAAAGGAAUUAUCGUCUUUGUAGAAAAAAAAUAAAUGGACCUAUUUCUGCGUGAAUAUUUUUCCUUUUUUAAAAAAAUUUUUAAUGAGACCUACUUGAUUUAUUUACUCGAAAAAACGACCACACUGAUCAUUCAGCAGUUUUAUCACACCAUUUUUUCGUUUCAGUUCAUGACCAAUGUGACUGCCCAGCAGCUACUUCUGGACUGCCACGAGAUUGAAAAAAUCCUCUUCCAAACGGCAGCUCUGUUGAAUACGAGAAAGGGGGAGCAGCACACCCACGCUGCGCCACACGGAACAGCGGCAGAGGCGCAGCCAUCCGCAUCGGCAGCGUCAGACGACGAAUGCGUCAUUCCUCAGACAUACUUCAAUUAUGUAAAAAAACAAACCAAAAAAAUUCAAUUUCUAAUUAAAAUAUUUAUCUCUAAUAUCUACGACAUGAACUCCUUCAACAUGCUGCUCACCGAAAAUAACAACAUUUGCACCAUCGAGGAGAUUGAAAAGAUCCUUUCCCUGAAGGAGGACGACACGGGGGCGAAGGCCCCUCCGAGGGAGUCCAGCCAAAACAAGAACUACGUGCACGACAUUAAGGAGCGAGGAAUGAAGGCCGCGGAGGAGGUCAAGUUCUUCUUCAACAAAAUUGCGAAUAUGAGGAAAAUUCAAGUUUGA